GGAUGAGCAAAAGAACACACCCGGUUGGAACCAGCCCGAACCGGAACCGGUCCGGGAACCAAACUUGGAGGAAAAUAGGAGCCGAACUGGAUUGCUGGUUCUACCGGUUCUUGCCGUGUCUUCAAUGUUGGAACUAGUCCUCGAGAAAUAGCAACAUACUGUUCCGGUUUUGCCGGCUACUGGUUUUUUUUCGGUUCCUACCGGUUCCCGGUUCCAAAAAUACACAAGAAUAUUGAAUCGGUCCCGGCCCGACCGGUUCCAUCGGGUUCCGGUUCCGGCCGGUUCCCAGAUACAUAUGCUCAUCCCUACCACUUGGAUAGUAGACAUAAUUUGUAUGAAAUCUCCUCCAAAAACAAUCACUUUCCCUCUAAAUGACAAGUUUGAGUUUCUAGGAUUAUGACACUUUAAUAUAUCUUUCAAAGUUCGAUCUAAAUCUACAAAUACAUGUUUGUGAAUCAUGGAUGCUUCAUCCCAAAAAAGAGGAAAAGAAAAGAAAAUC